ACGAGAGGCGGAGGAGGCACAAAUACGUUUCAGGAUUCCAGGAUUCCACCGUUGGCGCUGGCGUAAACCCUGCCUCUCCCUAUCCCCCAAGUCCGCGGCGCCCAGCUGCCCCUGCCUCCUCCUACCGCCGCCGUUUCGCUCCAUUCGCCUCCCGGAGGCCGCCGAAUGCCCGCGCCCAGCGCCACCCGCCCUCAAACCUAGACUAGACGUGUGCCUCGCCCGCGCCGUGCGGUCUGGUCCAAGACGGCGCCCUGCGGGCUCGGCUGCUGCGGCGGGGGAGCGAGGGGAGGGGGCGGGAGGCUGAGGCGGCUCGUGGGGUCCAUGGCAGUGGCCGGAUUGGCGCCCUCACCGGCGCCCGCGCUGCUCCGGAGGUUCCCGUGCUCUGCGCCUCCCUGGGCGCCCUCGCCCUUCCGCCCCCGCCGCCCCCGCCGCGGCCGCUCCAUGAUGUCGCCGUUCACUGGCGCCAGAAGGCAGGAGUACUCCCAUAGCUCAGUCCUUGGAAUUCAAGACAACCGAGCUCUUAAGCUUCCAGUAUGUGUCAACUUUAAUCUGCAAAACGGCGGCGCACAAGAAUGGGCUGACGAGAGCAGGAGGUUAUCAUUAAGCAAAGCCGGCAAUAGUAAUGGUUCCACUCAUCUAGGGUCUGGUAUUUUCCAUCAUGAACCCUUGGAAGAUUUCAAGAGCUCCAACCAAUCUCUAUUGCACAGUGUAAGACAAAGAAUGGCACCAAAUUCUCUUGCGAAUAGGCACGUCAACACGGAAUUGGCAAAGCAUCAUGCGAUUAAGCAUGCUGCAGUUGCUGUGUCAGCACUGACCAGUGUUGUUAAUGAUGACCUUAAAUCAGUGAAGAGGCCUAAGGAAUCUGAAGUGGAGGUUCAUUGGUCUAAUGGCCCCAAGUUUCAUUCUCAUAUUCCGAAAAUCUCUGAAGUUGAAACAAGCCUGCGAUUUGAUGAAAAUGCUACAGAUGGCUAUGCUAAAGAUGUGAAUGAAUGCUCACCUGAGGAGACAGUACAACCCUCUCGAACUAGAGCGCCCUCAUCCCAGGAGUCUCUAGAUGCACGGAAGGCACUCAGUACCAUAUAUGACAAAGUUCUGGUGGUUGACAAUGUCAUGUCAGCUAGGAGUGUUGUUCAACUGCUUACUACGAAGUACAGAAAUUAUAUUCAUGCAUGUGACACAGAGGUAGCUAAUAUUAAUGUUAAACAAGAGACACCAGUUGGCCAUGGAAAGGUCACAUGCUUUAGCAUUUACUCUGGCACUAAAGGUGCUGAGGCUGAUUUUGGAAAUGGCAAGACAUGCAUUUGGGUGGAUGUGCUAGAUGGUGGACCAGAUGUACUCAUGGAGUUUGUCCCAUUUUUUGAGGAUUCAUCAAUCAGGAAGGUUUGGCACAACUAUAGUUUUGAUAGUCAUGUUAUAGAGAACUAUGGAAUUAAAGUUGCUGGAUUUCAUGCUGAUACAAUGCAUCUUGCACGACUUUGGGAUUCUUCAAGAAGAACAGAUGGAGGAUAUUCUCUUGAGGGACUUACAAAUGAUCAUAGGGUCAUGGGUGUUGUUCCAAAGGAAUUACAAAAGAUUGGGAAGAGAUCAAUGAAAACCAUCUUUGGUCGGAAAAAAAUAAAGAAGGAUGGGUCAGAAGGGAAGAUUACUGCAAUUGAGCCUGUUGAAAUUUUACAAAGAGAAGACAGAGAAUUGUGGAUCUGCUAUUCUUCGUUAGAUUCCAUGAGUACCUUGAGGCUUUAUGAGAGCUUGAAAAGCAAGCUUGAAAGGAAGCCCUGGACUUUUGACGGUUACCCCAGACCCGGAGGUUCAUUGUACGAUUUCUACGAGGAGUAUUGGUGUCCUUUCGGUGCUAUUCUUGUAAAAAUGGAAACAGCUGGAAUGCUUGUUGACCGUGCUUACCUUUCAGAGAUUGAAAAGGUUGCUGUUGCACAGCGCGAAUCAGCUGCAGAUAAAUUUCGGAAGUGGGCAUCUAAGUAUUGCCCUGAUGCAAAAUACAUGAAUGUUAAUAGUGACACUCAGAUUCGACAACUCUUCUUCGGUGGUAUAGAGAACAUAUACAAAUCUGGUGAUUUUUUGCCGAAGAGUAAAGCUAUUAAAGUGCCUAACAAUGAAACUGCUGUUUCAGAAGGCAAGAAGGUUCCAAAGUAUCGCACAAUUGACCUUUUCAGCAUUGUGGAAGACCUGAAAACUGAUAUAUUUACUGCAAGUGGUUGGCCUUCAGUUAGUGGGGCUGCAUUGAGAAAUUUGGCUGGGAAGGUUCCAUCAGAUCUUGUUUACUCAACAGAUGAUGUAAAUGAUGAUGAAUGUGGUAUUCAUUCUGAAAUUUCCCAUUGUGAUCUAGAAGACACCUCUUCUUAUGGUACUGCAUAUGAUGCAUUUGGGGGAGGAAAGGAAGGAAAAGAAGCAUGCCAUGCCAUUGCAGCUUUGUGUGAGAUCUGUUCUAUUAACUCGUUAAUAUCCAACUUCAUUCUUCCUCUACAGGGAAAUCAUAUAUCAUGUAAGGAAGGGCGGAUUCACUGUUCCUUAAAUAUCAACACAGAGACAGGACGUUUAUCGGCAAGGGCACCAAAUUUACAGAACCAACCUGCACUUGAAAAGGAUAGGUAUAAAAUCCGCCAAGCUUUUGUUGCAGCUCCAGGGAACACUCUUAUUGUUGCUGAUUAUGGUCAGCUGGAACUCAGGAUCUUGGCGCAUCUUGCUGAUUGCAAAAGCAUGUUAGAUGCUUUUAAAGCUGGCGGCGACUUCCAUUCCAGGACAGCCAUGAACAUGUAUCAGCAUAUUCGUGAGGCUGUUGAAGAAGAGAAAGUAAUUCUUGAGUGGCAUCCUCAACCCGGUCAAGAGAAACCUCCUGUGCCGUUGUUGAAGGAUGCUUUUGGUGCUGAGAGGAGGAAAGCUAAGAUGCUAAAUUUCUCCAUUGCAUAUGGGAAAACGGCUCAUGGGCUUGCUCGUGAUUGGAAGGUUUCUGUUAAGGAAGCAAAAGAUACACUGAAACUCUGGUAUAGCGAUAGAAAGGAAGUUCUGGCUUGGCAAAUGAAGCAGAAACAGCUAGCACAUGAGAAGCGUGAAGUUUAUACUUUGCUUGGGCGAUCACGCCGUUUUCCAAAUAUGGCUCAUGCAACUUCUGGCCAAAGGGGUCACAUUGAGCGUGCUGCUAUCAAUGCUCCUGUACAGGGCAGUGCAGCUGAUGUUGCUAUGUGUGCAAUGCUUGAGAUAGACAGGAAUACUCGUCUUAAGGAGCUUGGUUGGACGCUACUCUUGCAGGUGCAUGAUGAAGUGAUACUGGAAGGGCCUUCAGAGUCUGCGGAGCUGGCCAAGUCCAUAGUUGUUGAGUGCAUGUCUAAGCCCUUCUAUGGCACCAAUAUCCUGAAGGUCGACCUUGCUGUUGAUGCCAAGUGUGCACAGAAUUGGUAUGCGGCCAAAUAGACCUGUUAAGUGUCCCAGAAGGGCGUCAAUUCCUUCGGUGAAACUCGGUGGAUUUUGAACUGGUAUCUGCUGGCUGCUGCUAGUAGCCUAGUGAGCUCAUCUCCACGUGGAUGCCAUGCACUGAUUAUUUCGCUGUUGAUCUGGACAGUGAGGGGUCAGCACUGAGCAGCGAAGGCACUGUACACUAUUCCGUAUUCCCUAUAGGUCGGGUAGCUUCACCUUCCACACUCCCUGUUAGGAUCUCUCGAUCAUUCAUGCCUGAUGUAGUUGGUCGUCCUGGAUAGCAGUGAAGACUAAGCAUGCCGUGUUCAUAAGAUUUAUUUAGCAUGCUGAUGUGUUGAGUUGCUGACCAGUUCUGCUGACGUCUAACACUGUUGCACGCACUGCAACAAUGUUUUGAUCACAAGAGAAUGUAGUUGAUUGUGAGCGUUCUUAAUCUCCUUAUUUCUGCUGUUGAACUGUGCGUCUUGUUAAUUGUAUCUUCU